GCAAAGUAGCCCGGAGAGAAAGGCUGCAGAGGAUCCCAAGAAGAAGAAGAAGCAAAGGCAAAAUAGCCCGGAGACAAAGGCUAUAGAGGAUCCCAAGAAGAAGAAGCAAAGGCAAAAUAGCCCGGAGAGAAAGGUUGCAGAGGAUCCCAAGAAGAAGAAGAAAAGGCAAAGUAGCCCGGAGAGAAAGGCUGCAGAGGAGCAAAGGCAAAGUAUUGGUAGCCCGGAGAGAAAGGCUGCAUUGGAUCCCAAGAAGAAGAAGCAAAGGCAAAGUAGCCCGGAGGGAAAGGCUACAGAGGAUCCCAAGAAGAAGAAGCCAAGGCAAAGUAGCCCGGAGAGAAAGGCUACAGAGGAUUUCAAGAAGAAGAAGAAGAGGCAAAGUAGCCCGGAGAGAAAGGCUGCAGAGGAUCCCAAGAAGAAGAAGAAGCAAAGACACAAUAGCCCGGAGAGAAAGGCUGCAGAGGAUCCCAAGAAGAAGAAGAAGAAUCAAAGGCAAAGUGGCCCGGAGAGAAAGGCUGCAGAGGAUCCCAAGAAGAAGAAGCAAAGACAAAGUAGCCCGGAGAGAAAGGCUGCAGAGGCUGCAGAGGGUCCCAAGAAGAAGAAGAAGCAAAGGCAAAGUGGCCCGGAGAGAAAGGCUGCAGAGGAUCCCAAGAAGAAGAAGAAGCAGAGGCAAAGUAGCCCGGAGAGAAAGGCUGCAGAGAAUCCCAAGAAGAAGAAGCAAAGGCAAAGUAGCCCGGAGAGAAAGGUUGCAGAGGAUCCCAAGAAGAAGAUGCAAAGGCAAAAUAGUCCGGAGAGAAACGCUGCAGAGGAUCCCAAGAAGAAGAAGAAGAAGCAAAGGCAAAAUAGCCCGGCUGCAGAGGAUCCCAAGAAGAAGAAGAAGCAAAGGCAAAGUAGCCCGGAGAGAAAGACUGCAGAAGAUCCCAAGAAGAAGAAGAAGCAAAGGCAAAGUAGCCAGGAGAGAAAGACUGCAGAGGAUCCCAAGAAGAAGAAGGAAGCAAAGGCGAAAAAGUCCCGAGAGAAACGUUGCAGAGGAUCCCAAGAAGAAGAAGCAAAGGCAAAGCAGCACGGAGAGAAAGGCUGCAGAGGAUCCCAAGAAGAGAAGAGCAAAGGCAAAGAGCCAGGAGGAGAAAAGACUGCAGAGGAUCCCAAGAAGAAGAGGAAGAAGCAAAGGCAAAGUAGCCCGGAGAGAAAGGCUGCAGAGGAUCCCAAGAAGAAGAAGAAGCAAAGGCAAAGUAGAAAGGUUGCAGAAGAUCCCAAGAAGAAGAAGAAGAAGCAAAGGCAAAGUAGCCCGGAGAGAAAGGCUGCAGAAGAUCCCAAGAAGAAGAAGCAAAGGCAAAGUAGCGAGGAGAGAAAGGCUGCAGAGGAUCCCAAGAAGAAGAAGCAAAGGCAAAAUAGCCCGGAGAGAAAGGCUGCAGAAGAUCGCAAGCAGAAGACGAAGCAAAGGCAAAGUAGCCCGGAGAGAAAGGCUGCAGAGGAUCCCAAGAAGAAGAAGAAGAAGCAAAGGAAAAGUGGCCCGGAGAGAAAGCUUGCAGAGGAUCCCAAGAAGAAGAAGAAGCAAAGGCAAAGUAGCCCGGAGAGAAAGGCUGCAGAGGAUCCCAAAAAGAAGAAGCAAAGGCAAAGUGGCCCGGAGAGAAAGGCUACAGCGGAUUUCAACAAGAAGAAGAAGAAAGGAAAGGGCAAAAGAAACGCUGCAGAGGAUCCCAAGAAGAAGAAGAAGCAAAGGAGUCUGGAAAGAAAGGCUGCAGAGGAUCCCAAGAAGAAGAAGAAAAAGCAAAGGCAAAGUAGCCUGCAGAGAAAGGCUGCAGAGGAUCCCAAGAAGAAGAAGAAGAAAACGAAGAAGAAGAAGAAGAAGAAGCAAAGGCAAAGUAGCCCGGAGGGAAAGACUGCAGAGGAUCCCAAGAAGAAGAAGCCAAGGCAAAGUACCCCGGAGAGAAAGGCCGUAGAGGAUCCCAAGAAGAAGAAGCAAAGGCUAUAUAGCCCGGAGAGAAAGGUUGCAGAGGAUCCCAAGAAGAAGAAGAAGCAAAGGCAAAGUGGCCCGGAGAGAAAAGCUGUAGAGGAUCCCAAGAAGAAGCAGCAAAG